AUGACUGAGUAUUGGCUAGCGAGUGAGAACGAUGCUGAAUUCCAAGAAGUUGCCUUGUGUAAUAUCCGUAUGAAGAAGAACGUCCUUGACCAAUUUAAGUUCCCGACAGAGAACAACAACAACCUCGUUGAGCAACCACCACUACACAACAAUAUGGUUUCAGGAUCCACAAUGGAUCAAAACAUGGAGGAAUAUGCGGAUGAGCUCGAAAAUAUGCUUGAUGAAGAACAAGAAGAAGAUGAUGAUAGGGCCAUUCAACAACAACAUCCAGAGUUUCCUCUUCAAAGUCAUGAUUCAAGAUCCACAUUGGAUAAACAUAUGGAGGAAUAUGCGGAUGAUCUUGAAAAGAUGCUGGAUGAAGAAGAAGAAGGAGAUGAUGAUAGUGCCAUUCAACAACAACACCUAGAGAUUCAUCUUCAACUUCAAGAUCAUGGUUCAAGAUCCACAACGGAUCAAAACAUGGAGGAAUAUGCAAAUGAGCUCGAAAACAUACUGGAUGAAGAAGAAGAAGAAGAUGAUGAUGAUGAUAGGGGCAUUCAACAACAAGAUUCACAGAUUCCUCUUCCGGUUCAAAGUCAAGAUUCAGGGAACCCGCUUGUUGUAAUCAUGGAAGAUGAACGUGUUGACCAAGAUAUGAUCUUUGAUCUGGUUAAACAAGAAGAAGAAGAGAGGAAGCUGAAAACGUUUACUGAGAUAUGUUUCGCAGGAUUGAAGACGCAGAGGAACCUCCACUUUCAAGACUCUUAUUUCGCAGGAGGUCAAGAGAUGUCUCCAUGGGACAACAUGGUGACCAACAACAAUCCUUUUGGGCUCGUGUUUAAUACCCAUGGGCACGAGAUGCAAGAACCACCUGUCAUUAAUGGGGUCAAUUAA